CGACCAUUAAACAUGUCACUGCCAUUAGCACACUGUGACCCUGGGAGGGACCGACCAUUAAACAUGUCACUGUCAUUAGUACACUGUGACCCUGGGAGGGGCCGACCAUUAAACAUGUCACUGUCAUUAGUGCACUGUGACCCUGGGAGGGACUGACCCUUAAACAUGUCACUGUCAUUAGUGCACUGUGACCCUGGGAGGGGCCGACCAUUAAACAUGUCACUGUCAUUAGUACACUGUGACCCUGGGAGGGACUGACCAUUAAACAUGUUACUGUCAUUAGUACACUGUGACCCUGGGAGGGACUGACCAUUAAACAUGUCGCUGCCAUUAAUAGGCUAUGAGCUCUAAACAUAGGUUACCAAACAACGACCGUCAGCGUUCAUUGAAUGUCUGAUGUUUUUGCUGAGAGGUGACUUUUUAAUAUACUGUUUCAGAUCACACUGGGCCCUGGCCAUUUUUGGUAUUUUGUUACAUGUUCUGAAAAGUGUUAUAAUUUUUUAAUUAUUGAUUUAAUUUUUUUAUUGUUAUAUAUAUUUGGAUUUCUUUGAUUUUUAUUCACGCUCCAACUAAAUAUUAUCUGUACUAAAGUACUGUGAUUUAUAGAAAGUGCCCCGUAACACUAUGCCCCGGAUGCUGGUAAUUGUCCUGCGUUUCCCGAGCUGCUCCUUUAUUUGAUCUGUAAACGUUUCUCUGUCAUCAGUACAUGACUUGUAUGAUACCUCCGAUGGGGAAUAACAAGGCUCUCAGUGUUUCCCUUGUGUCCUGGGUAUGUAGGUCAGUGCUAGUUAAACGGGAGGGGUUUGUGGGAGAAGCAUAGAUUUGGAGUGAGGAUUAUCUGAACAUCUGCUCUGUUUACCAAGGAAUCUGAAACCUGGUGAGAAAAUUUAAAUCUCUGCAUUCUGAUUGCUGUUUUCAUGUCGGCUCUAAUUUAAUAUACUGCCGUAUUAUGCUGUAUUUAUUCAAUGCUCUAUUUAACCCUUUGCUGUUUUUUCCCCAAACCAUAAAUCACAAGAAAUAGACAAAGGAAUUGCAACAUUUAGGACAAAAUAGUAGAAUUGGAAAAAUUCUCACUCAGCAGUUUUCCUGCUCAUCUAUUUCAGGCUACAGUUUGCAAGUCCCUUGUUAAUUCUCCACCUUUCCUCGUGCCUUGAAUAAACCUGUUUUAUUAUGAGACAUGCGUGCGAUGAGUUCGUAUAAAGGGCCAGUUUUGGUGUUUACGUAGCUAGUUCUAGGCAGAUCCAGCCUUAUUGUACUCUUAUACAUAAAGCAUUAUUCUGUUUUUCAGACAAAUUGAUGUAAACACCAAGAACGUUUUCGGUCAGCCAAGGCUGCGGGCAUCUCUCCGCGACCUCCGUUCACCACGCAAGAACUACAAGUCUACCAUCGAGGACGAUUUGAAGAGACUGAUUAUAAUGGAUAACCUGGGUCCCGAGCAGGAGCAGGAUUGCAUGGUGAGGAAAGGGAGAAUGGCUCACAUAUCAUUUCCUACCUGUGUCUUGCUGCCAGUGGGCCAACUUUUACUCUCCAGUUUGUUUUAACUUGUACAAUUCCCAUUCUGAUCACCAUUAACUGUCAAAUGUUUAGCUCUUUACGGUGCUGUGCUAUACAGGGAUAUAUAGUGUAGAUUUAUAUUUAUUUCUUGAAAAUAUAUAAAACAGCUGUGUGCCGCUGCUGUCAUCUUGUAUAAUAGCAUGUGGCAAACUCUGCCACUUGGACUAAUUAUUCUAUGUGAAUGGGUGAAUUUCACCAAGGGAAUAACCACACGAAUUGACUUUCAUGUUAUUGUACUGUUUUUAUGCAAAUGCCCAAAACUACCGAACGGGAGACCACCCCGGGGUGGUCGUGUGUUUCCAAUUAGCUGAGGUACUGAAUUAAGUACCUGUAUGUGUGGCCGCCAUUUCGCCUACCGAAAACGUGGCGGCGGCCAUCUUACGCACGAACAGCGGUACUUGGUUGUCGAACGCCUAGAACUCAAACCGGGCAUUCGACUAACCAAGCACCGCUAAGACCUCCAGCAUGCUCUGACAGCACGAAUCAAACACACGAACGCCCCGGCGUUCGGUAGAUAGAUUCCCCUAAACGAGGGGAAUCAUACGAAUGGUAGCAAUCGCAUGGAUGGCUAAGCUGUUCGGUAUUUGUGAUUCACUAAAAUAGACCGACUGCAGGGCCAGAAUUCAUGGAACUGUUUUCGGCUACUGAGUCCCUGCGGUCGGUCAGAUCUUUAACGGUCUGUAACUCCCGAACCCCUGGACCGAUCUAGGUGAAUUACAAGUAUGUUGCUCACCCAGGUCAGACCUACCAGGGGACCCCUUAUUUGUCCCUGUACCCCUUGUAUUUAGGGGACAUCCAGAAAGUGGGGAAAACUCUGUCCCCACUAAUCUGGUUAAGUGCUAAUCUAAGGGGAGGAGAGGGAGGGGAGGUGACCGGGUUACAAUUGGUUACUGUACUAAUUAUGAAAGUUACCUCCCUUGCAUAGGAGAAAUGCAUAAAAGCAGACUUGUGAAUAAAGCUGGCAGUUGACUCCCAGACUAUGUGUCGUCUAGUGCUUGGGGAGGUGGAUUAUGCUGUGUUCCUGUGAUUUUGUAUGCUGAAUCUUUGUUCCCAGCGGAGAGCCAUUGGAUUUACCCCUGCUCCUCCGCUACAUAGCCACAUUCGUGUUUUUAAUGGAGGGUGGCUGACUUUCUCCUAGAAUCCUGGGGGAGCUGGUGGGAUGUUAUUAUGGCAAGUAAUUCCACAGUAAUGUCAUACUGAUACAGGACUUAUAUCAGGAAUAGAAACCAUAGCCGUACUCAUCUGUAAUACGAGAAAAAUGUAAAAAUUAUAAAGUUCGAAUGUUUGUUACUCAUUCCCAGGCUGUGUGCCGCUUCUGUAGGUAGAUCUCACGUACCCAGGAAAUUACUUAGACAGUCUUGAUCUUCAAUUAACUCUCUGUGUUCCUGACUGCGAACCAAGAGUCCUGGAUUCAUACAUUUCACAGUUCCAAAAAGCUGGAUCUCGCCUACUCAGUACAUGUGCCUAGAGUGUCUUUAAAGGACCACUAUAGUGCCAGGAAAACAUACUCGUUUUCCUGGCACUAUAGUGCCCUGAGGGUUCCCCCACCCUCAGGGUCCCCCUCCCGCCGGGCUCUUGGGAGAGGAAAGGGGUUAAAUCUUACCUCUUUCUCCAGCGCCGGGCGGGGUGCUCUCCUCCUUCUCUCUGCCUCCGAUCCUCCUCUUCGACUGAAUGUGCAUGCGCGGCAGGAGCUGCGCGUGCAUUCAGCCGGUCUCAUAGGAAAGCAUUCAUGAUUUUCACAGUGAGAAGCACGCAAACGCCUCUAGCGGCUGUCAAUGAGACAGCCACUAGAGGCUUUAGAGGCUGGAUUAACCUAUUUAUAAACAUAGCAGUUUCUCUGAAACUGCUAUGUUUAUUUUAAAAAAAGGGUUUAUCCUAGAGGGACCUGGCACCCAGACCACUUCAUUAAGCUGAAGUGGUCUGGGUGCCUAGAGUGGUCCUUUAAGUUAUUCACCAAACACUGAGUUGUAGUUUCUAUUACUUUUCAUAGUAAUUUCAUUUAUAACUUCCUUUCAUUGAAAGUACUGCUUCUAGGGCUGACAGGAACAAGUUAUUAACGUUUAAUUACGCUCCUCGCUGCAUGUGCCUGUCACACCAAGAGAUCUCUUUAUAUUCUAUCUAAAUCCGUGGAAACCUAAUGGUGUCUGCAACAUUAACUGCCAGCACGUAAUCCUGCCUGUCACUCACAGAAAAAAAUAUCGCAGCCGAUGCAAUGUACUCUGCACUUUCCAACUGCUCACCACCUGUGUACUCAGUGUGUGUAAUCUGAGAGUACACUGUGUGAUAGCCAUUGACGUAACCAACCAAGAGUUUUCGAUGAAGGCUACACAUUUCCCAUUGUGAUUACAAUAUUUCAGCAAUUGUUAGAAAAGUCUACAUGAUGAUUCCUGCUAGAAACAGGUACAAGGGAGCUGCUUGCGGUAGAAAAGGAACGACUUGAAAUGUUGCUGCAAACGAUGUACAAAAUAGGAAAACCGUUUUCAACAAAUUAAUAUAAAGCUCCUUGCCAUCCUAUGUCUGGUGUAUCCUGCACUUUGUGAGUUUAAUAAAAGUCACACUUGCUUUAUUUUUCCCUUAACAAUAUAAAGCGUGUAUAGACAAAUGUAUACACUAAGUAGAUAUAAAGGAGAACAUUUGUUUAUGUAAAUCCGUUUUAUGUCCUUUAUCAGUCUCCUCAGAAGACACUACAAAGAACGCUGUCGGACGAGAGCCUCUGCAGCGGCCGCAGGGACCCCGGGUUUGCAUGCUCCCCAAGACUUGAGUCACCAUCAGGCAACGAUGUCCUGUUCAACAGCUCCUACCCAUCCAGUACCCUACCUGUUCGACGCCAGCACCCAUCCAGCAUGCCUGACAAAUGCGGUAAAGUCUCUAUUUGCCUAUUGUGUGUUGAUAUUCUGUGUGCAGAAUGGUGUACACUGCUCUAGACUUGGUGCGUUAUGGUGUAAACUAGAAGCUGCCGCAUUCAUAGUCCUGACUGCUCAUAAACAAUGCUUAGAAGAAACUUGUCUGUGUAAUCAACGUGAUAUAAACAUCGGGAAUAUUGUAGACUGGCUGCAUAGGAGUGUGAUUAAAAUCCCAUCUACACUGGGAUCUAGGGUUGCCAUUUUGUCACGGCACAUUUACCAAUGCUGAACUCUGCAAAAAGUGUUAUAGGGAUUCAAAUAACCCAGAAACAUGUUCAGGGGAAAGCAAAUUGUAAGUUCAAGCGCUUGGAGACAUAAAAUAAGACGCACAGAUAAUUGUGAAUCAAAAAUUACUUCCACUUUUAUUGGGAGAGUUUAGAUAUUUAGAUACUGAAAAAUAGCUUUGUGGCUUGCACGACAAAAACAGGAUGCUUGAAGGCACCUUGUACCAUAAAAGAAAUGUACAGAACUAAGCACAUUUCAACCGUUAUAUAUAAAAAAAAAACAUGGUUAGUUAGGACAUAAGAAGAGGGGCUGAAGGUAAAGCUGCAAUCGUCUCCUCGGAAAUCAAUUUGCCAACUUAGAGUUAUCUAUUGUUAAUAUGCUGUAUUAGAAACACUCCACCUUCCUAAAGCCCCUCUGAUGGCUGGUGACCUGCAUGUUGUUUUAUUUUAUAGAAAUCAACAUUUUGUAUAAACCCCUUCGUUGAACCCUCUUAUCUGUCAGUUAGCCCAGAGCAUUUCUGACCUCACUCGCUCUGACCACCUGUGUCAAGCAGUAUGCAGUGCUUCUCAUUAACCCCUUAAGGACACGUGACAUGUGUGACAUGUCAUAAUUCCCUUUUAUUCCAGAAGUUUGGUCCUUAAGGGGUUAAGAAGUAUUUGAUUGGCGGAGUGCGGCCAUUGCUGUGUAUACACCGCAGUUCCCCAAUUAGAAGCAUUGGACAGGACCCAAGAUUAUCAAUUAUGAUGAUCUCAAAGUGGGAGGAGUAGGCUGAGACGAGGAGCCAGGGCCAGUGCUGGAAAAAAAAGAGUUGUUUUUAAUUUAUUUUUUAAUUAAAGGCGCCCUAAAUCUAAAACCAAAAUCAGAUAAAAUAUUUAUUAAAAGAAAACUUCCCUGAAAAGGCACAGUUUACAUUGCUGAACCUUCUGGUGAAUCCUGUGUCCCUUUAAUAAAUACAUUUAUUUUUAAGAUAUUCCUUUACAUUCUGUAUAGAUUUCUGAUGAUUUAAUAUACUCUCUCUGCCGAACAAAAGUUUACAAAUUGGUUAACUCUUCCAGAGAUGCGUUCGGCACUGCUGGAGAAAACGCUGUGUUUGCAUACAAAAUUGUUCCAUUACAUGCCAGAGUGUAUAUUAGAGCCGCCUAGAACAUGGAAGUACAGUGGAGGGAAGUAAUGUUUUUAUAAUAACUUUAGCUGCAUUGUUCUCCCCAGUAAGCUCUGUAACGAGGACGUCACUUCUCUGAUCUUGAUCUUGAGUUACAGCCAAGCUCCCAAAGGACACAUCUUGAUAUGUGCAUUGGUGUCACACUGGGAUCCAACAUGCUGCUUGGCUGUAUUUAAAAACUCUGUCUGACAGAAUGUCACGCCUUCUAUAAAUAUAAACCGCAGUGUUCUUCAAUGGGAAUUAACCAGCUUACAGAUAUGUUACAGUAUCAAUCCCUCCUUCAAUUCCACAGCCAACAAAUCCUCCUCCGAGCUGUCUCUAACUGACAUCCGUGACACAAACAGCCGACACAUGGACCCAGGAAUGAUGCCCCUGCCCGACACCGCAGCUGGCCUGGAGUGGUCAAGUCUGGUCAGUGCUGCCAAGGCCUUUGAAGGUAAGACAGGUAUGAAGGAGACAGUAUAGUGUUGGGAAGAUCAGACACUGUAAUCAGUUAGUAAGAAGAGAGUAUAAAACCCAGUCUCUCUAUAAAAAUGGAUUUCUUUUGCAGUGCAGAGGGCUGCCUCACUCUUCUCUCUAAAUGAAGCUGCUCUGAGUCCUGAGCUUCGACCCGUGCCGAAUGUGGGCACUGCCCACCUGAGCCUGGAAAGACAGCACACCCCCCGCACCACCCCCACAUCAAGGUACCCAGUGCCUGGCUCUUUAUUAACCUGUAUUCCAGAUCUAGUACUGAUGAUUUCACCCACACGCAUACACAAACAUACCAAGAGGGGCACGGCCACAACAAACAUACCAAGAGGGGCACAACCGCAACAAAUAUACCAAGAAGGGCACGGCCACAACAAACAUACCAAGAGGGGCACGGCCACAACAAACAUACCAAGAGGGGCACGGCCACAGCAAACAUACCAAGAGGGGCACGGCCACAACAAACAUACCAAGAGGGGCACGGCCACAACAAACAUACCAAGAGGGGCACGGCCACAACAAACAUACCAAGAGGGGCACGGCCACAACAAACAUACCAAGAGGGGCACGGCCACAACAAACAUACCAAGAGGGGCACGGCCACAACAAACAUACCAAGAGGCUCACGACCGUAACAAACAUACCAAGAGGGGCACGACCGUAACAAACAUACCAAGAGGGGCACGACCGUAACAAACAUACCAAGAGGGGCACGACCGCAACAAACAUACCAAGAGGGGCACGACCGCAACAAACAUACCAAGAGGGGCACGACCGCAACAAACAUACCAAGAGGGGCACGACCGUAACAAACAUACCAAGAGGGGCACGACCGUAACAAACAUACCAAGAGGGGCACGACCGUAACAAACAUACCAAGAGGGGCACGACCGUAACAAACACACCAGGAGAGUCACGGUCAAAACAAACAUACCAGGAGGGGCCCGACAGCAACAAACAUAUAAACACAGGCAUGGCCACAACAAACAUACCAUAGAGGGCCACACACACUACAGACAUACCAGGAGGGCCACACACACUACAGACAUACCAUAGAGGGCCACACACACUACAGACAUACCAUAGAGGGCCACACACACUACAGACAUACCAUAGAGGGCCACACACACUACAGACAUACCAUAGAGGGCCACACACACUACAGACAUAUCAUAGAGGGCCACACACACUACAGACUUACCAUAGAGGCCACACACACUACAGACAUAUCAUAGAGGGCCACACACACUACAGACAUAUCAUAGAUGGCCACACCCACUACAGACUUACCAGGAGAGCCACACACACUACAGACAUACCAUAGAGGGCCACACACACUACAGACUUACCAGAGGGCCACACACACUACAGACAUACCAUAGAGGGCCACACACACUACAGACAUACCAUAGAGGGCCACACACACUACAGACAUACCAUAGAGGGCCACACCCACUACAGACUUACCAAGAGGGCCACACACACUACAGACAUACCAUAGAGGGCCACACACACUACAGACAUACCAUAGAGGGCCACACACACUACAGACAUACCAUAGAGGGCCACACCCACUACAGACUUACCAAGAGGGCCACACACACUACAGACAUACCAUAGAGGGCCACACACACUACAGACAUACCAUAGAGGGCCACACACACUACAGACAUAUCAUAGAGGGCCACACACACUACAGACUUACCAUAGAGGACCACACACACUACAGACAUAUCAUAGAGGGCCACACACACUACAGACUUACCAUAGAGGGCCACACACACUACAGACUUACCAGGAGAGCCACACACACUACAGACAUACCAUAGAGGACCACACACACUACAGACUUACCAUAGAGGGCCACACACACUACAGACUUACCAUAGAGGGCCACACACACUACAGACAUACCAUAGAGGGCCACACACACAGCGCACAUAUCAUAGAGGGCCACACACAUACAGACUUACCAGGAGGGCCACACACACUACAGACUUACCAGGAGGGCCACACACACUACAGACUUACCAGGAGGGCCACACACACUACAGACUUACCAGGAGGACCACACACACAGCGCACAUACCAUAGAGGGCCACACACACAGCGCACAUACCAUAGAGGGCCACACACACAGCGCACAUACCAUCGGGGGCACAUAUAUUAUAAAUAUACCAGGAGGGGGCACGGUGACUGCAGGGAACAAACCUUCUGAUUCAUUUACCCUAAUGCACAUUGAUAUCCAAUCCUACAUACUGAUUAACUGACAGUGAAACACCCCUCUUCCAUUUGUUAAUGUUGUGCUGAAUGAUAUGUCUGUGUAUUUAUUGUAAGUAAAGCAUUGAUUUUACACUGAUGUGUCCAUGCUUCAUAUCUGCACAGACACUAUACAAGCCUGGAGCUGUACUACAAAUCUUUGUCUUUUCCUUCCUUUCAGUGACGAGAUAUCUCCGGACCUCACUGGGAAAGUCCUGCAACUGGAAGUUAUGUUAAAGCAGCUUCAUACUGACCUGCAGAAGGUACGCAAUGAAUGAAGCUCCAUAAAAACUACACUUCCUGAGAGAAUAACCGCGUAGAUUGCUUGGUGCAUAGCUCCUGGAAAGCUGUGUCUGUUCCAAAGAAUGGCAUUUCUAAUGCUUCUAAUUUCUUUGUAAUCCAGGAUUUAAUGUUAGGAUGAACCUCUCAAAUAGCUGCUCCCCGCAAUGCCAAUUAGUAACUGGAAUCCUAUCUAGUUGUCAUUUUAAUAGUGACAGAAUGUCUCUUAAUCUGCUGGCUCAUAUCACCCAUUCUUCAAGAAAAUCGACCACUGGGAUUGAUAGAUAAUUUUAACAUUUUUGACCCAAUCUGCUCUCCUAGGAGCUGUGGUCUAAUAACCUUUAUGUUCCCAAGGACGCUGUUUAUACAUAAAUGUACGCUCUGUGCUCCUGAGAAAACAUGCAGAAUGGAACAAAGAGAGUGAUUUUAUUAAAAUGGGCGACAUAACAUAAUCCUGAUUUAUAUAUAUACACACCUUUAAUAUUGUAUCUUUGUCCUGGAAUCCUUUGGCGUUCAAUCUAGAAGUGUUGCUGUUAAACUUUGACACAUAGAAUUUGUAUUUCCCUGUAGGAGAAGCUGGACAAGGAAGCCUUGCAACUCGAGGUGGCGAACCUUCGUCAUAAUAAUCAGCGUCUUCAAGCAGAGUCUCAUUCAGCUAGCGAGCAGCUCCGAAAAUUUGCUGAGAUUAUCUCCAGCACGGUGGAGAACAAGGAAAACUGACAUGUCCUCUUUGUUCACGUUGACUUUGCUUCUUUACCGUUUUCAAAUGGAAUACGAACACUUUCUUUUCUCCUUCAUCGUGAUCGUUUCACUAGAGUCCACCCAUUGUGGAAUUUGUUUAAACUACCUGCAAGGCAGGCCUCUGCAUUAAUUUAUUUAUAACAAAUGCAAGACUUUUAAUUUUUUGUUUUGAUUUAUAUGCAUUGUUUAUUUUGUUUCUUGUACAGAUCUUUUUUUUUUCUUCUUGUAGAUUUGUAUAAACCUGAAAAAAUGUUAAUGAAAAAAUAAGUGUAUUUUCUGACUCAGUAAGGCUUCCACUUGGAAUUAUGCAAAUCGGACAAACGCCCAAUUUAAAGGGGCGUAAAACACUAAACCCGCUGAGGGUGGAAAAAUUAUAUAUUUAAAAAAUCUAUAGAAACUUAUAUUUGGGAAAGAGCUCUUGAGAUGAAUCUUUAAAUAUCACACAGAUUUCAUACAAAUUUAUUUUAAUACAGCUAGAUUAUAACUGGAAAGGCUAUGGCACUGCAGUAAUGACGGUAUAUUUUGUUAAUAUAAAUAAGGGGCGCAGGUUUUUGUGGUUUGGGGUUUUUGGGGUGUUUUUUGUUGGCAGGGAGAAGUAAAUCUGAAAUUUUGAGAUUUGUGUUUUCUGCAUAUGUUCAUAAGAUCGUGUUAAUUAUUCCAGUAAAAUAUAUAUAUAUAUAAAUACAUCUGAUAAUUUGCGCAAAAAAAACUUUUGAAAAGUUUACAGCAGCUACAUUCCACACAUGGAAAUGUUCUGGGAUUAAAUCCAGACACAAACUAACACUAUUUAUACUUGAAAUUUUGUGGUGUGUUGAGCAUAGACAUCUCUUUUUGCAUCUAAUUUGGACGUGGGACCAUGACGAGUGUACUUUGUGUGAUUAUUGUAUACCAAACAUUGCCCCUUUAACAGCACUGUCCCCAUGAAAGUCGCCUUAAAACCUGCAUUUGUUAAUGAGACCGCACUGCAACUGUUUGUUUGGGUUUUUUGCUAUAUAUAUUUUAUUUCUUCUUUGUCAUCAAAAAACUGUUUUCAGUGACUGUAUGGUGAAUCUGCUCUCCGGAUCUCAGACGGGGGUCUCUUAAGGCCCUAAAACAAAGCUUCAGCCGCUAUCUUGGAAAAAAGACAAUUGUCUAAGCAGCCAUAUUGCUCAGUUCUAAGACUGGUCUUUUAAAGAUGGCGAGGUGUAGUGACAUUAAAGGACUUCCUGUCCAAAGCCUCUGCGGGUGAUGGAUGAAGGUGUUGGGCUUUCUUGCUUUUAAAUGGACAUAAUUUAUUUUGUAAACGCUAUCUUGGCGGUAGGAUAACUGAAACAUGCAAUGUGAAAACACUAUAUUUGUAUAAAUUAUGCUACAUUUUCUACACCAUUAUCCUUCCUUUUCUGAAGGUCGCUGGCUGAGCAGACGCUGUUUACAUUGAAAUGAAUCUUAAAAUUACAUUUUUCAAGACAGACGUGAAUCUGUAUUUUUCAUACAAAUUUCAGUUGCGGUUCUGUGCUGCAAAUAGGAUGAGCCUGAAAUGGAACAAUACAAGUAUUUGUUAUUCUGCGUGCGAUUAUAAUAAAAUGAAAUUGUCAGAAUGAGUCAUCACAAUUUGCUGAAACACACAAAUGCAGAAUGUGUAUUAGAAUGUUCUCUGUGCACACACAUUUAGCUGAUAUUUUUCACAAUAAUUUGGUAUAUCACACAAGAUUAAUUUUUCCCCCCAGUAACCUGAAAGAUUGUGCAAUUAACACUCUAAACCUGUCACUGUCAUUAAGUCACGUUGCUCCUACAUUGGACUGUCCCUUAAACCCAUUAAACAUGUCACUGUUAUGCAUCAAACCUUGGCACUCUUGCAUUAACCCCUUUAGCAGCUUACCUUUUUCCAGCGCCGGGAUCCCUCGGGGCUGGUGACCUCUCCUCCCACGCCGAUGUCGGCGGAGCCGAAUGCACAUGUGUGGCAAGUGCCGCGCACAUUCAAGCUGUCAAUAGGAAAGCAAUUUUCAAUGCUUUCCUAUGGACGCUCUGCGCGAUGGAGGCAUUAAAUGCCUCCAACAUCGCAGAUGCGCCUCUAGUGGCUGUCUGGGAGACAGCCACUAGAGGCUGGCUUAACCCC